GAGAGUAAAGUGUCACGAAAUGGCCUCAUCUCAGCAAAUCUAAUUAAUCUAGCAAACACUAGACUACUGGUUUGACAUCAAACCGUCAUUUUAUGUAAACGCCGACUUCCUAGUGCAUUCGUGUAAUGGUAUUAAUAUCUGACUCAUUUACAAACGUAAUUAUAUUGACAUUGACUGAUUGCCAGUAUCUAAAGCUAACAGCAGAUUACAGUUAAUCUAACAAUUGUAUAAAAAUGCUCGUGCUACGGUAAUCAUACCGCAUAACGUUAUUUCUCACCGGAGAGAAAAUAUAUUUUAUUUAAACACCAUGAUUGACAAAGUGGCAUUAGUAACGGGAUCCAACCAGGGCAUUGGAUUCGCUAUCGUCGAAGAAUUACUCAAGAGAGAAGUAAAAUAUGUCUACGUGACAUCUAGGAACGAGCAGCGGGGCCUAGAUGCCAUCAACAAGCUUAAAGAAAAAGGUUUGAAUCCUCUUUUUCAUCAGCUAGAAGUCACUAAUGCAGAAAGCGUAAAAAAAUGCGCGGCUUACUUGAAAUUAAAACACGGUGGCUUGGAUAUACUCAUCAAUAACGCUGGAGUUAUUACGGAAGAUUGGGAGAAAACCACAUACGAGGACGCAGUUCGAGUUAUCACCACAAACUACUACGCCAUCCUGACGAUCCAGGAGCAUUUCUUCCCAAUCCUGAAUCAGAAUGCAAGAGUAAUCAACAUUUCAAGCGACUGUGGGCACAUUUCUAAUCUCAAAAACAAGGAAUGGAUAGCCACAUUGACGAAGAAGGAUCUAAAGAAAGAUGACGUUGAUGCAUUCGUUAACUGGUUUUUAGACUCAGUCAAAAAUGGAACUUUGAAAAACGAGGACUUCUUUCAGACUCAGCUGCUCGCUUAUCGGAUUUCCAAAGUGGCGCUGAGUGCGUUGACCAUCGUGCAACAGAAUCAGAUUGAUAGAAAUAUUUCUGUGAAUUGUCUACAUCCUGGAUUCGUGCAGACGUCGAUGACUAAUGGCAGUGGCCCGUUUACCAUGGAACAGGCCAGCAAAGCCCCGGUAUAUUUAGCAUUGGACGUGGAUCAGUCGGUAAAGGGACAGUAUUUCUGGUAUGAUAAAGAAGCGAAAGAUUGGCGGAACCCCAACCUUCCGCUAUAUUGUGAUUUUAAUGUGAUAAAACAGUAUUUGUAAAGAUAAAAAAGAGUUCUUUUUAGUGGCUCACCUCAGUAAAAGAUACAGCUUAAAGAAAAACAUUUGAUCAAAGAUAGACGCAGAUAACAGGCGGUUUUAUCGCUAAAGAGCGAUCUUUUCCAGACGACCAGGUAAAUUAUGUAGUGCACAUGUUUUUGUAUUAUAUCAUGAAAUAUGCAGAAAUGCUAAAUUAAAAUACAUGUAUAAUAACCGUUGAUUAUAUUUCGUCAUUUUGAUAAAAAAAUAUUGUCAUAGCCUUUUGAAGGCAAAAUAUAAUUUUCAUCUUAAAAAAAAAAUUGACAUAACGUAAUCACCUAACAAAUUAGUAAACACUAUAAUUGUGUACCUUGUUCAGUAGAAGAGCAGGAAAUACUAGAUAACAUACAAUUGCGAGUGACCUCAGGGUCGAGUGUUGAUAAGUUAUCAUUCACUGUUACGAUCGAGGAGUCACCUUGCUAAUGACAUUCAUGUGAAGAAACCAUUGCUAAUAACACGUCGAUAUUAACAUACGUUUUUAUAUGAAUAAAUUCUGUGGGUCGCGAAGUAGAAACGAUUAACAAUUUAUAAUAAGAAGUCAUGAUCAAUAAAUUAGCAUUGGUAACUGGCUCAAAUCAGGGCAUUGGAUUUGCCAUAGUGGA